UGCUCUGCUUAGCAGGAAAAGGCUCUUACUUCAUUCUUGCCCGCUCAACGUUAUGAGAACUUUAUCUCUGACAAGCAAAGCACAGAACUGAAAUUGCAUGAUUUAUACCAUCUGAUGAACCAUGCUUUAGUUUUACUGUAAUGAAGCCAUAGGCAACAGUGUGUUUCUGAAGAUGGUCUGACUUUGAAUGUAAACAGAUCCGACCGCACAAGGAGGUUAUCACAAUGCGUCCGCCAAGAACCACUAUGAAGGUUAGCCUAUUGCAGCUGUGAGAUCAGUGUAAAAGAACCAGAGACUUUGGUUACUCUUACAGUUAGAAGACAUAGCGAUUAUUUUUCUAAAGAAAUGGGGUGCUGUAGCAUCACUCCUCGACACACUGAAGAUACUACUGCUACCAAACAGGAAGAAGCAGAAUUACUGGAAAGAAGCAGCAGUGGGAAGUGGUCAUUUACUGAAGUUCAAGAUGAAGUUGCCCUUUGCCAGCAAAAAUAUGGCAACCUGUUUGAACACCCAAAUAGUCCAGAGUCUGAAUCUGAGCAGCUUCCAGAAGAACUUUUGAAGGGUGCAAUGAUGCAGGCACCUGUCUUGUGGGUCAAAACACGGCAGGAGAUCCAUAAGCAGAUUUAUCAAGAGCCUGUCAACGCAUGGGAAGGAGCGGAUAUCAGGUCUCUUGGUGAAAUCAUGUGGUCCUCUGUGGUCCAGCUACGCAACCAUCACACUUUGGAAGUAUGUGAACGAUAUCUUGUCCUCCUCUCAUUUCACUUACUAAUACUCUCAGUGGACCAUACUGGACACACAUUCACUUAUCAGGGAAUACUUCCUCUGUCUGGGAUAAAGAUACGAGCACUGACAAAUGACAGCAGCAGUCUCAACAUGUUUGAAAUUACUGUACCAAUGGCAGAGACCAAGAUUGUUGCAUGUCCAAGUCCAGCUGAGUUUAAAAUCUGGAUGUCAUCUUUGAAGAGCAGGAUAGAGAAGGCUGCCACCCUCCCUUCUGAUAACAGUUACAGCACUUUGUCUUUUCUGAUUCCAUGUGAUGAGAAGUGGAAGAAGAAAGAACUGACAAGGCAUAUUAUGCAUAGUCCAAUAAUCCAUUGGGAAGGAACGCCUAUCCAGCACCUUGGUGAAGUGGGCUAUAUGUCAAUGGUCAAAGUGUACAAUGCUAACAGCAAGGAGUUUGAAGAAAGAAUAAUGAUCCAGUUUCCUGCUGAUCUAGUGUUUCUUUCUACAGAUGAACAGAAAACAGCAAUCAUCUACAAGGGAAGACUUCCUUUAAAUAGUAUUAAAGCUAUUGAGAGGUCUGCUUUGAUGGGAAGGUUGGAGUUUGAAAUUACAGGUGAGAUGAUGGAAAGCAUCCGUGUGUCUUGUUCAGCUGCUGAGGAUUAUCAAGAAUGGCUUUUUCUUCUACAGAAGGUACUUGCAUUCAUUUUUAUUAUUAAUGCAAUGUUUUCCUUUGUUACUUGCAAACACCUGUAA